UAUAUAGUAAUAGUUAUCGUUUUAUCAAAUAAGCUUCCGAGACAUUUGCGGGAGAGAGAACAGACUUCGCCGUCUGGUCCGACGAUCAGUUUACAUCAGUAGCAUCAACGUUCGUAAAUAUCCCUUCGGAAUCAAAUAGUGAUCGCGUCUUAGUUUCUUGCCUUGAAUGAGAUUGGUUUUGAUUCUCAUUCGUAUCUCUCAACGUGAUCAUCGUACACUAUGUACAAGACAAGGGAAAAAAAAGAACUAGGUCUCGAUAACGUCGUCUUUCAAAUAGAUGAGUCCCAUGUUGGAAACAGCGAGACAAGGUGUUACUUUGAAAACUCAACGGCCGUUUUAAAUGAGCAAGUCAUUGAUUCAAGUAAAGAGCACGCAACAUGGAACAACAGUGUGGAAUUCCUUAUGUCAUGUAUCGCUGUGUCGGUCGGUUUCGGUAAUAUUUGGCGAUUUCCGUUUACGGCUUAUGAAAAUGGCGGCGGCGCCUUUCUCAUUCCGUACGUAGUCCUGCUCUUUCUGGUAGGUAAACCAUUUUACUUUUUGGAGAUGAUCAUCGGACAGUUUUCCGGCAGUUCAUCUGUCAAAGUCUGGAACAUGUCACCAAGUUUCGUCGGAGUCGGAUGGGCGCAAUUCUGCUCGACCGUAGCAUUGGCGACUUACUAUAGUUCACUGAUGGCAUUAACACUUUAUUAUCUGAUCGCAUCUUUUUCUGCCGAAUUGCCUUGGGCUACCUGUCUGAAGGAAUGGGGUGACGCAUGUGUCGAUUCGAGUACCAAAAGGAAUCACAACGCAAAUAAUGCAACAGAAGGAAAUAUUGACAUUCUAAAUAAUUUCUUAAACGGCAGCAAUAAGUUUCAAAGCUCGGCUGAAUUAUACUUUUCACGAGUGGUGUUACAUGAAAAGGAGAAUAUUUAUGAUGGAAUCGGUUGGCCGGACUGGAAAUUAACGUUAUGCCUACUUGGCAGCUGGGCGACGGUUUACAUGGUGCUCUUUCAGGGUGUAAAGAGUUCAGGAAAAUUUUCUUAUUUCCUAGCUAUUUUUCCAUACAUUGUACUGCUCGCACUACUAGUUCGUACGGUUACUCUAGAUGGCUCAAUGGACGGGAUCUUGUAUUUCAUCACUCCGAAAUGGUCCAAGCUUCUGGAGCCGACUGUUUGGUAUGCAGCCGUGACCCAAUGCUUUUUCUCACUCUCCGUCUGUUUCGGCAGCAUCAUCACGUACUCCUCACAUAAUAGUUUCAAGCACAACAUUUACAGAGAUGUCAUAAUAAUUACUUCAUUGGACACGAUUACAAGUAUGGUAGCCGGCUGCACGAUAUUCGGGAUCCUUGGCAAUUUGGCGUAUGAAUUAGGGGUGCAAGAUAUAUCCAAAGUGGUCAAAGGCGGAGCUAGUUUAGCAUUUGUGUCUUAUCCCGAUGCGAUAGCAAAAUUUAACUUUCUACCGCAGGUGCUUUUUUUUUUUAUGAUGUUUGUCCUUGGUGUCGGCAGCGCAGUAGGAAUGACCACGGGCAUUAUCACAGUGAUAAACGAGCAGUUUCCAAACUUGAAAACGUGGCAAAUCGUAGUUCCAACCUGUUUGCUUGGUUUUUCAAUUGGCACGGUCUACGUAACACCAGGCGGGCAAUUUAUAUUAACUUUAGUAGACUAUUACGGUACGUCAUUCGUCGUUUUCAUCCUGGCGUCAUUUGAGAUGACUGGAGUGAUAUGGUUUUAUGGUCUAGAAAACUUUUUGGAGGACUUAGAAUUUAUGCUGGACCGAAAGCCAAGCGUUUAUUGGAGGAUAUGCUGGUUUAUAGUGACGCCGUUUAUAUUGAUAACAAUCUUCAUUUAUACCAUAGCCACCUUAACGCCUUUGACCUACGGUGGAACAUUGUUGCCUGGAUACGCGCAUGCCAUUGGAUGGACAAUAUUCGGCAUUGGUAUUGUUCAAAUACCGCUGUGGAUGCUGAUUGCGAUGUUAAAGAAUCGAAAAUUGCCGUUUAUACAGAUGUUAAAAAGAGCUUUUGCACCUGUGAAUGAAUGGGGUCCACGGGAAGUACAGCAACGUAAGGACUGGAGGAUCUUUAAGGAGGAGAGAGCGAGAGAUCGAGAGAAGAGGAUCCAACCAAUCUGGAAGCAAAUACUCUACGUUCUUUUAAAUAUGAAACCAAUAUAGAGUAAUUUUAUACAGAUUCAAAAUACUAUAAAGUUUUUCGAGUUUUUAUAGUCGUUUCUGCCGCGGCGGGAUCUGCGAGGCAAAACGACGAUAUAAGUUAACGAAUAUAAAAAUUAUUUGUUCUUCAAUUCUUU